UGCUCCGUUGAAUUUUCGGCUCUGUGACACACGUGGUCUAGAGGUCAAUCAGGGUAUUGAGAGUUUUGAGUGCAACUACCUGCUAGAUGGGAACAUCCCAGAUUUGUAUCAGUUUAACCCAGUCGCUCCAAUCAACCCCGAUAAUCCCUUGUUCGUACAUCAACCAAAGUGUACAGAAAAGAUUCACUGCGCUCUGUUUGUGAUUGACGCUUCUACGAUGAGCGACAUACCUCAGAAAUUGGUCAACAAGAUGCACAGUUUCCAAAAACUUGUGAAUCUAAAAGGUAUUCCACAAGCCGUUCUAAUCACCAAAGUCGACCUUGUCUGUCAGGAUGUGGCCAGUAACAUUACCAACGUGUUCACCAGUAAGAAAAUUGAGGCCGCUGUGGACAAAGCAUCCAACCUUCUUGUGUUGCCUAGAAACCAUGUACUUCCGGUUAAAAACUAUGAGCAUGAGGUGCAGCUGGAUGACAACAUAAGCAUCCUGGCGUUGCAUGCAUUGGAUCACAUGCUGCGCGUUGCAGAUGAUUACAUUCAAGUUCUUCAGUUGAAGAUGGAUGCGCGCAACGUCUCCAAUGAGAACGCGGACAAACGGGGACCAUAAAAAAACGCACUGACAAUUUUAUUAUUUAAAAAAAUCAUCGGCAACUUCUCAAAAUUAUGUAAAACGUAAAAUUUAUAUUGUUGAAAAUUUCAAUUUAUAAAUUGCAAAUGUUUUAAGUUCUGUGUAAUUGUUAUCAAUACAUAAUUUUGAUCAAUUUCCUAGUAAAAUGGAAACAAAUGCGUUAAUUUUGAAUUUAUUUUAAAUAAAAGUAACUCUCCUAAUUACCGGUAUCCGUAAUACUGAACUUAAUAUUGAACUUAAGAGAUAACAGUCACUUUUAAUCGGUUUCUUAUAAUGUACUGAAAUGAAGGACUUCAUAUGUUUUGUGAUAAAUGCUUUUAAAACAUAUUUCAUUUUUAUGAAUGUUCGUAUUGAAUGUUAUGUUUUACAUUAUAUCUCUUUCAGGUAUUUUCGAUUGUGACAAUUCAUUGCCGUUGACUUUAUAAUUUAUAAUUAGCCUCACAGCCUUUGCAAUGCAUUUGAAAUAGUAAAACAUUACAAUUAUUCAUUAUGAACAUAAACAAAUAUGAUUAAAAAUUUUAAGUAAGAUUUGUUAUAAUUACCACUCACGGCUGUUACCUUACUGAAAGUGUUGUUAGGUAUGACUCGCAUUACGCUGAUAACACAUACAUUUUAAUAUUUGUAAACAACACAUAUAGUUUAAUUGUGCAUCUUUUAAUUAUAUGCGUAAUA